UUGGAAGCGAAAGCAAUAUUGUAGAGUGCUUCACCUACUCAUCACUUAGUGAGACAAUAUAAAAUUAAGGAUUUGAUAUUACUAGUUUCUUUUUAAACCUUUGGUAAUCUCAGAUCCAUAAAAAGGUGGUGCAGUAUACAUAUGGACUCUUACUUCUGGGUAUUUAAAUAGAUUGUAGAAUAAGUCUAUAUCCAAGUAGUCAUAAGGUAAUAUGUAUUGGAAUGCAUUCGAAUUUAGGUUACUUGGCAAUUCUAAGAUCUAUCUACCACUAGACUACCACUUUGUGGUUGAUAUUUCUUAGUUGCUCUGGUUCAGCUUUUCUUUUUUAUGACUUCUAUAAUACUACCAGCUUUCUCUUUGUAUCUUAUGAAUUUGGUCCAAAGAAAGGUAGAUCACUUUUGAUUUUGGUCCCUGGGGGAUGAGUGCUCCAAUACCCACGUGUCCAAGUUCUCAUGAAUCAGUUAAGGACUCAAAGCCUAUAGACAUAGAAUUAAAAGUUUAAUAAAUUGUUAACAACAAAAACAAAUUAAGUAAACGACGAAGUAGCAAUUAUUAUGUUUUGGUUGUUCAAAGGACAAAGAAGGCAUAACACUAUGCUUGACUUGCACUUAAGCUUUAUUUCAUUACCCAAAAAGAAGAAGGUUAGGUGCUUGAUUAAGAACUCAACCCAAGUUUUAGUAUAAUACAAUCCUUAUUCCUAUCUCAUUUUGCAUGCUUACACUUUCCUUAAUUACUAUACUCAAGGAAGUUGGUUAUAAUAAUAAGUCUAUCAACUUGAUACAAACUGAAACAUUAUCCCCAAGAUGAAAGUUAAGAGGCGGCUAAAGACUAAGUAAAGACCUAAGGACGGUUCACACAAAUUUAAAAGCUUCAUUGUCUGGAAACGACAACACACUUUGGACAAAAAGCUAAAUAUCAAAUUAAUUAAUAUACUAACUUAGCUUAACGUGGCCAAGAUAGCUUAUACUUUUUGGCUUCACUACUAGAUUAGAUUAAUUAGGAAUACAUCAUCCAGCAACAACAAGAAAAAAAAACGAUUAUAUUCGAAAUAUAAAAUGGGGGAAAAGUUACUAAUACAUUAUUGCUAAAGUGAUUAAACAGAAAAAGUUAAAUUGCUAAACUAAUUUGUUAGAGUUAAGAAUCAUUUUAGUUGCAUUAUCAUUUGUUUUUAAAUAUAGUAUAGUUUUAGAAUUUUCCGAAUAUUAAAUUUUCAUUUUUAGGAAUUUAGGAAUCUGAAAUAGUUGGGACGAUUUCAAAUAAUUAAAAAUGUUCAUUUUUUAAAAAGAAAAAAGUAUUUUUUUUGAUUCUGUGUGUGUUGGUUAAAGCGAAUUAAGCUCUUAUUAAAAUGAAUAAUUAAAGCACUUAAAGACAAUAAUAAUGAACCAGAAGAAGAAGGUGAAAGUGCUGCUCAUGGACAUGGUGGUUUCCCAGGAAAGGUAAGAGAGAGAGAGAAACAAAUCGACGGAGACGAAGAAAGCACAAGAAGAUAAUACGGACACACUCUGAUUCACUGAGUUUCAUAGAAAGAGAGAAGACAAGGAGACAUGCAAAACUAGUCUGUGUCCUUUCUUCAUCUUCGUUUCAUCUAAUUCUCAAAAAGGUCUUCUUCAUCAUUCUUGUGUGAAUAGCUUGAUUGACGUUAGGCAUCAGAUGAGUAAGAAAGGUUCCACUUUGCCAUACCUGAACACUAGCAUCUCAUGGGGUGGUAUGAUUCCAAAUGACCCCCUAAGCUUGAAGGUGGUGGAUGCAAGGACUGAACAUAUGCAUACCACAAAGCAAAUCAGUUUUCAAGACCAGGAUUCACCUUCAACUCAGUCCACUUGUCAGUCUUACACUGAAGUUGCUAGUAGUGGAGAUCAUAAUUCCUCCAGACAAAUCUCCUUUUCAACCAAAUCAGGACCUGAAGAAACUCAGCGGAAGGUAUCUGCGACUCAUACUAAGUCAGGCGCAAUGACAGGAUUCCCUAACAUGCACUUUGCUCCUACGCAGGCUAAUUUCUCAUUUCACUAUGCUGAUCCACAAUAUGGUGGUUUGUUAGCUACACCUUAUCUUCCACAUGCACCGACAUGCAAUCCCCAAAUGGUGGGUAUGGUUCCUGGUAGAGUUGCACUACCAGUGGAGAUCACUGAAGCUGAGCCAGUCUUUGUCAAUGCGAAGCAAUACCAUGCUAUCAUGAGGAGGAGGCAGCAACGCGCCAAGCUUGAGGCUCAGAACAAACUAAUCAAAGCCCGAAAGCCGUAUCUUCAUGAAUCUCGACAUGUCCAUGCUCUUAAAAGGCCAAGAGGAUCCGGUGGAAGAUUCCUCAACACCAAAAAACUUCUUCAAGAAUCCGAACAGGUUGCUGCUAAAGAGCAAGAACGUGACAAGUCGGUCCAACAGGCAAACAUGUCUAGAUUCAAAGCUCAUAUGCUGCAGCACAACAAAGACCGUGGCGGCUCAACCACUUCUGGCUCUGACGUUACAUGUGUUUCCGACGGUGCUGAUAUCUUCGGACACACUGAAUUCCAGUUUUCAGGUUUCCCAAUCCCAACUCAGACUAACCGAGCUAUGCUUGUUCAUGGUCAGUCCAAUGACAUGCAUGGAGGUGGGGAGUUGCACCAUUUCUCUGUCCAUAUCUGAGACAUUGGAUCUUUUGGUGCUGUUUCAAUGUUUCCCACCUAAAGGGGAAGUCAUCCUUGGCUACUACUACUAGUUCUCUUGCUUGUUGUUACUUUUUUAUGUUUCAAUUUCACUUUAUGUAUGUGUUAAAAUAUCACAACAAGAACAAGAACCACCGCAAUCUUCAGUUUGGAACACACUUUUAAUCUUCCCUUACUAUCUCUUGUGUAAACUAUGCUUUGAUUUUGUAUGAACAUGAUUAAUAAAAACAGAAAAAAAAACAGAUUCUGCAUUCCACUCCGUGGACGUGUAAGAUACAUUUCUGAAUA